AUGUCCUUAACUGCCAAGGAGGCUUUCAGCAAGCUCCCUCAGAAGUUGCACAACUUCUUCAUCAAAUAUCCCCCAAGACCUUUCGCCGAAUACAACACCAAACCAUCUACCAUAACGGAUCCAAAGUUGAAUCCUUUCUUGCCAAACAAGAACCCAGAAAGCGGAAAGUGGCACAGCCCUAAAUUCUCGCUCAGAAGAUCAGCAGACUUGUACAAGAUGGCCCGCAAGUUCGGCAUCGAAGAAUUGUUACCACCAACCCCAAAGAAGUACUACGAAGAGAAAUACGACAACAAGAACUGGAUGAGAGGUGUGUUGACCCAAAAGAAGAAGAGAUGGGAAAGAGAAUUACCAGAAAAACUCGAGGCCAGAGAGCAAGCUAUUGCCACCAUGGACGAGACCAUCGCUGCCGUCAGACCAGGCUACAAGAAACAAAUACAAAAGAGAGAAGCACGCAAGAAGACCUGGUUUUAA